AUGUGAAUAUAAACAACAUCUGUCAAAAAAAAAUAUUAAUGUCUUUAAUGAUUUACUAUAAUUUGAUUAAACUGUUAUAAAUAAAAUAGUUAUUAAUGUGUUAUAAAUAAAAAAAAAAAAAAUUACCACAAAAACAAAAAUAAAUAGAUUUGUUUUUAAAUAGAGCACGUGAACCUACAUAUAAAUAAUCAAGGUAUGUAAACCUUCCAAGGAUAUAACAACAAUAACAACAUUGAAAGGAUUAAGAAUGAAACAAUCGAAAUAUAGAUAGAUUAGAAAAACGAGUUUGUAAUAUAUCAUCAAUAAGAUGAAACAAAAUAAGAAAGAUCAGUUUAAGGAGAUAGAUCAACAAGUGUUCACUGACUCAUUUAAUAUUUGUUGGGAACUUUUAAAAGAAAAAGAAUAUUAUCUCUGUGAACGUAAGACUGAUAUAUAUUCAAAGUUGUCAUCGAAUUAUGGGCAAGACAUGUAUGAUGCCAUGGUGACAUUUAUGAAGAAAAUAAUAAUAUCCAAUAAACACAAAGCUGCCAUUGAAAAAUCAAAAGUUGAAUCAAUAAAAAUUGUAACAACAGAAGCCACUUGUGACUUAGGUUAUGAUGAUAAUUCUGAUCGAUUAAAUCAAGAACAACAACAAGUUGACCAAGUGAACAUUGACAUCAACAACAGCCUAGACAAGAUGAUAUCUAAAAAAAGAAAAAUACCAGUUGAUGAAAUUCAUUCCAAGAAGAUGUUCAAAGCAGACCACAAAAAAAAUGACGUAAUUGGAAAUUUAUGUAUGAUUGAUUAUGAUGAAGACAAAAAAGUAUUAUUUACAGAAGAUGGUGCAACCAUUAAGGAUGAGAUGUUGCCAACUACAGAUGAUUCAAUUGAUGUUGAUGAAAUAAAUAACUUGGAUAAUCACUCAAUUGGACUAGAAAUAAAGUCAAAUGAAAUGGCCAAUUAUUUUGAAUCAAUAUUUUUUAAAGAUGAUUAUCAAAGUUGCUCGGAUGAAGUCAUUGAGAAUGUUGAUCAUCAAAAAAACACAAGAAUUCGUACUGGAUCACUUGCUCCUAAAAAAUAUAGUUCUUGUACAGAAGAAGAUGAUAAACUAAGCUUUACUGAAGACGAUGAUGAUGAUGAUGAUGAUGAUGAUGAUGAUGAUGAUGAUGAUGAUGAGGUUGCUGAUGAUGAUAUGAAUAAUCUAAAUAAAAAUAGAAAUAAAAAUCUUAAAGGUAAAACGAAAAUAGUUGAUGAUAUUUCUUUCGAAGAAAAAACGCGUGUAGUUAAAUUAGCAAUAGAAAAUCCAACUUGGCCAAUAAAUAUGUUGAGAAAACACAGUGGAUAUAAAAAUAUCCAAAGGCGCAGCCAAGUUGAAAAGUGGAAAAAACAAAUUGAACAAGGAGGAUCUCUUCGUGAAAAAUUGAAUUUUUUAAAUGAGUGGGUUCUAAACAAAUGCAUUGAAAACCAAAAAAAAGGAGAAUUAAUUACAAAUAAAAAAAUUAGAACAUGGGGACUUGAAGCAAAAAAAAAUUUUAAACCAAUGAAAUUUGUAGCAAGUGAUGGCUGGAUAACAAUGUUUAAAAAUAACCAUGAAAUUACUGGUGAACCAGAUAAUCUUAAAAUUAAUUGUAACAUCCAAAGAAAAAAAUCAUCCUCAUACUCAAGAAUUUUUGUUCCCCAUGAAAUGAAAAUUAAAGUUGUUAAUCUUGCAAACGAAAAUCCAGAUUGGAGUUUGGAAAUGCUUAGAAAACAAAGUGGUUGUAAUAAUCUUGAAAACAUACCUCAACUCAACUAUUGGAAACGCGUUGUUAGUGAUUUCGAUAAGAAAAGAGUCACUAAUCUUUCUAAUAAAAAAAAAAAAUUUUUAAUUUAAUUGUACUCUAGUAAAAUAUGAAGAUUAUGAAGAUAAAAAUACAAAUUCAUGUAGAGUCAGAGAUAAAUGAGAGCAAAUCUGAAGAUUAAAUAUCUAGGGUAUUACAAAGCUGAUAAUGUUGGAAAAUUGAUUGCUCACCAAUUAUUUUUACUGGCUGGAUUAUCAAGUUUGUCAAUGGAUUAAGUGUCAUCAUGUUUAAUUGGCUUGGUUUAUAUCUUUGUUUAAAAAAUGAAUAUUAUUGUACAAUAAAUAAAAAGACUCGUUACAGCAAUAAAUAAAUGAAAUAAAUCAAUUAUAUACAAUGUUAUGUUAUAUGUUAUACAUAUAUAUAUAUAUAAUAAAAUCUAUACAGGACUAUUCUAUAGAGUUUUUAUAAUAUUUCUAUAAAAACUAUUCUAUAGGAAAAAUUUUAUAAAACAUUCCGUUUCGGAUAUUUUAUAAAAAUCAUUCAAAAUUCUAUAGAAGAAUAUUUUUAUAGAACAGAGUAUUAUUAUGAUUAUGAUAUAUACAAAUCAUUUUUUUUAUAAAAAUAAUCCUAUAAACCAAAUCCUAUAAAAAAUUAAUAAAUUCAUUCUAUAAAAAUCAACCACCAAUUUUAUAGAAUUUAUUCUAUAAAAAAAGCGCCAAAUCUAUAUAAGAAUUUGUAUAAAAAUUUGUAUAAAAAUUUUUAUAAAAACGUUUUAUAGAAAUGUUUAUAAAACUUUUUGCUACGUGUUAUGUUCCUUACGAAAUAAAAGUUAAAGUUGUUAAUCUUGCAAAAAAAAAUCGACAUUGGAAUUUAGAAAUGUUAAGAAAACAAAGUGGUUGUAAUAAUCUUGAAAAUAUUUGUCAACUUUACAAUUGGAAAAGAAUUGUUAGAGAGUCUAAAAAGAAGAAUGCUACUAGUCUUUCUACUAGAAAAAAAUAAUUCUAACUCAGUACUGUAUACGAAUAUAAAAAAUAUAAAAGAUAAAUAUACAAGUUCAAGUGAAGACAGAGGCAAAGGAAGGCAUAUUUGAAGCUGAUGAUGUUAGAAUUACUCACUUAUUAUUUUUACUAGCCCGGAUCGAUCAUUGUUAAAGUCUUUUUUUUUUAUUAAGGAACGUUGAUCAAUCAUCUGAUUUCAUUACAACAAAAGUAACAAAUUUUUGUUGCCUAAUUUAAGAGAUUCUUUCAUAAAUAAAUGUUUCAGUAGUUAUUUAUAAAUUUAUAUAAUUAUUAAAACAA